AUUCCCGUUAAAAUAAUGACUUGUGUUUUCUGCCGACGAAAUGGAACAAACAAAAAGAACACCUUCAAAACGAUGACACAUACGAAUAUGAACUCCAGAGAUGAUAGUUACAAUAGUGAUGGAGAUGUCGAUGGCGAUCUUGGAUCCGACGAACCCGAAGAUCGUUUCGAGCCAUCACUGUUUGUAACUUCCGAAGAUCAAUUUUCUGUUACUUCGGAUGGAAACGUGAACACCGCUUUUCUAGCUGCCAAUUUAUUACUACUAUACUUAAACUUAGUCAGACUAUCGACUCCAGUUAAUAACGAUCAGCAUCCAUUAAAUUCAGAAUUCACCGAAGGAAAUUCUUUACCCGAACACAAUUCUUGUCCGAGAACUUUGAUCAACGAGUCAGAAGAGCGCUCGAGCGUUGGCGACGGCGAGCGGUUGCCCGGGGAACCGGGACCGUCAACAGACGUAUGGUCGUCGCCAGACUUGAAUAGGGAACGCCGGCCGUCGGUCACAACCAUGAUAACCGUGGCUGCGUGUGGAGCUAGGGCGCGUCCCAAACCCACUGCCCUAUUUCCUGUCGACCUUGCCGAACGGCUAAGAUCACCACCGCUGCAUGGCUCCAGACCUAGGCAGUACGGUCGAAGGCGAAGAAGUGAAUCUCUGGAUGUACAUGAAACGUCCACUGUGCAACUGGAUGUUGAGAAUGAACUGGCGUCUGAACAGGACCAGUCGACCGGACAGGACGAAGUAGAACAACACGAACCUAGACUCAUCACUCCACUCCGAGCGUACGAAAUGUCACAGGAGUCCCAAAGUCCUUUAGGCCAAUGGAGCAACAAUUACAGUUCAGUGUUGGCCACUCUCGGCUGUACUUUGGGAGCCUUCAACAUCAGUCGGUUCGCAAUUCUUACAGUACAAUUUGGAGCCAACUUUAUACUACAGUUCCUAGUGUUAUCUUUGCUAGUCGGCAUUCCACUGUUUACAUUCCACAGUUCACUUGGUCAAUUACUAGGCGCUGGUGUAAUGGAUAUGUGGCGAAUUUCUCCAAUAUUUAAGGGAAUUGGUAUAGCUUUGUUACUAGCCCAAGCAUUUAUCGGCACAUACACUGUUAUCGGCGUAUCAUGGAUGUUUACGUAUUUCCGUGAUUCAUUCAUCACGAAACAAGACAUUUAUCGUUGGGCAGAAUCUAUCGACGAAUAUAAAGAAGACAGCGUGCCAGGGAUGUAUUCGUAUAACGUCAGCUACAACAUAGAAGAAACGGUACCAGGUUACUUUAAUGGCAUAGUUUUACAAAGGAAAUAUGUAGAAAAACUUGAAAUGAACGACAAUUCGUUGAAAUUAUCAGUAGUCAUAAACUUAACAAUUGUCUGGGCUAUUGUUUUCAUUUGCUUGAGCAAAGGCCUAAAAUCCUACAGCAAAGUGGUGUGCUUGUUUUCGCUGGUUCCAAUAUUUGGAAUGUUCAUGUUGUGCACGAAGAUGUUAGGUAUAGCGCCAAUGAUUGGAUUUCAACAUCAAGAUAUUUUUCCUGAAACUGAUUGGAGCGAAUUUUUCCUUAACACUAAGAGUUGGGUUGCAGCAUUCACAGAAGUUUUCCUUACGUGGGGCAUAUUAGGUGCUUGUGCAAUGCAAAUCACAUCACACAAUCGACCUAAACAUUUGCUUCAUAGAGACGCUUCACUAGUAGUCAUUCUUACCAUUGCAGUACUUAUAUUAGCCGCAUUUUUGGCUAAUACUUGCGUACAGCUUAUAGAAGCUUAUGGCUAUGUAUAUCUUCCUAGUUCAUUUGAGCGUGAGAGUUCCUAUAUAUUUAUGUUCAAGCAAGAUUCGUCUCAAGCUAAAAAGCACUUGACACCAGUUCGAUGGAUGCAACAUAGUAGCUUACUUUUGGGUGAAAGGACAAUGAAAACCAGUGUACCCGGAAUGCCACAAGAGAGCGGUUACCAAGCAAUGCGGUUGGCUACUGAACUAUUCCCAGCAACUUUUGCUUUGGUUGGCGCCAAAACCAUAUCUCCUUUUUGGUCGGUUUUAUUCUACUUUGUUAUGAUCAUGUUCGGUAUCGGGCAACAGAUAGCUAUAUGGCAUUGCGUAGUCAGUGGAGUAGUAUCUUUGCAUCCGUUCAAAUUGCGCAAAUGGCGCACCACAAUCACAUUUAUGGCAUGUGCUGCAGCUUUCUCUAUUGGUCUAUUUAUGGCAACUGAGUUAGGAAUAUUUAUUGUAUACCUAAUGGAUUUCUGUGUUGGUUGUGGUUGGUGGAUGAUGAUAUUGUACUUGCUUGAAAUUGGAGCAUUAUUUAUGGUUCGAGGUAGACCUUAUAGUGGAGAAACCGUCGUGGCAACUCUUUUUUCUCAAGCUAAUCAACAUUUGCAAGUAUGGUUGGCACCUUUGUUAUCCUUCGAUUGGAAUAUUAUAGUACCUGUUGCAUUGAUUCUCUUGAGUACUUCAGUGUUCAAAAACGGAGGAUACCGCUGGUUAUACAAUUGGAAAAAUACGACACAUUUAUCGUAUUGGUCUUUGUCUAGUAGAGAAUUUGGGUGCCUUUUGCAGAUCAUACCUUUGCUGAUCGUACCGUUUGCCGGUAUUGUACAAAGUUGUCGGUAUUUAGUUACGGGACCACCAGACUUAUUCGAUAGAAUACAAAUGUUGUAUCGACCAGUGAUUGAAAACAGGAGAGUUGGAGAGAACGGCGAGGGUUCAACAGAACACGGAACUAAUAGAUCGACAGCAGUGCCGAUUGAUGAUCCUCCACCAAAAUAUACUCCUCCCCCAUCAUACUCUACGGCCACCGGAGCAAGAAUUGCCAAAAUGUUACGACAAAGUAUUCGGAGAAGUGUAAGAAGGAUAGCCCAUGUUUUAGGAAAUCAAAAUAGUCAGGCCGUUCAGGGAGAAUCAUCUACUUCUGCAACGAACAUUGAAGCAUUAGCGUCUAACAGUAACCAUCAAUCAUCACCACAAUCACAACUUACCCGUGGACAAACAUCUUCACAUGUACCUUCAGCUCCUCCAGCUACAGAGGUUCAUUCUUCACCUCCACCUUUUGAAGAUGUUGUUCGUCGACAAUCUGCGACAUUGCCACCACCCCCUGAUUACUCUACUGUGCUGGUAGAGAUUAGCAAGAAAGGUAGAAAUAUGAGUGACGCUGGAUUUACGGGCAAUGAUAGCAGAAGUAACGUAGGCGAAACUUCGUCAACUUCUAGUCUAUCUGACGAACAAAGUACAAGCAUUGAGUGUCUUAUGGAAAGGGUGGUACCAAUCAACAUUGACCGAGCAUGUGGGUCCGGCAUGUAAUCGACUGCGUCUAAACGUCUUUGGCACGAUCUCACUUUUAAACGAAUAAGACACUGACGAAAUCAGUAAGAUAUUUCGUUGUUUGUAGUAAUAGUGAAGAUUUUACAAGUAGAUCGCGUUGUUAAAUUACACAUUGAACAUAAAAUAUUGUACAAAACUAAUCGAGCCUAUGUGUUUUUAUAUUAAAUGAAAAACAAAAUGACUGUGAUAGACUUUUUUUUUAUGUAAUUAGUAUACAUUUUUUUACACAAAUUAUUGUCUUCAUUAUAUCUUAAGAUCCUAUAUAAUAUAUUUUAGUUUGUACUGAAUACUGAGGAAAUAUGUAAUUCUAUGUGUACAAAUAAUGUAACAAAUAAAAUUUGUUUUUAACUGAAA